AUGCUGCACCAGGUAAUAAUAGCCCUGGCUGUCUUUACAUACGUGGACGGUUCUGGUAUCGGUCAUGCUCCGGCAACGGGUCCGGUCGUAACGUCUGCAAGCUCACAGUACUUUGAGAGGACGUUUAACCGUUUAGUAGCAGCACCUCCUCAGGUACUGGUCCCCGCUCCUGCACCACCACCUCCAGCUGUCGUCCCGGUGCCACAACCAAACCAAGUCUUUAUACCAGCGCCUGCGCCACCUCCUGUAGUAUUACAAGGUCAACCACCACCCGUGUUAGCAUCGCCACCACAACAAUUUAUACAUGUGCCACAACAGCAACCUGUUUUUACACCACAACAUGCUGUUUUUGUGUCUCCAGUACCGAAUAAUACUCCAGCACCAGCAAAUCCCGUUCAACCAACACCCGACGCCACGCAACAACCUAACGUUGCUAUAGCGGUUGCGACAGCUCAUGCUGCUGCACCAGUAGCAACGAUUUUAUUACCUCCUUAUCCAUUCGGAUUCCCACCUGGUUUUGGGUACAUACAACCAGAGCAACCAGUUAAUGUUCCUGAAGAGAAACCGAAAGAAACGACAACUCCUGUGCCAACAACACGAAUAACAGAAGCUACCACGACUGUGAGGGAACCGGAAACGACGCCUGUUCCGUCGAACAGUGACAAUAGCUUUGUACAAGCUUUACCUUCGAACGAAAAUGUCAAUUUUAAGCAAUACGGAAUGCCUUUACCACAACCUCAACUUCCGCAGUUCCAAGGAUGUAAGCGUUGUAACGGAGUUUUACCACAACGACAGCCUUUGCCACAAGCAGAAGCAACAGGACAAUCGUCGAGUACUACUACCCCUGUACGACCCUGGCCACAACAACCAAAGCCACAAGGCUGGUCGCAACACGUGCAUUACCCUAUCAAGGAUGCACCCCAGACACUUAAGACGUCAGUCGAAGUGGUACCCAUCCCUCUGGCAUACAUAGCGCCACCACCGGCUACAAGACAACAGCCACACCGUCACAUUAAAAUAAUAAAACACAUAUACGGCUUCGCAGCGGAGCCUAGUUCGAAAGUCAUAAUAAGAGAAGUUCCAACGUCUUUGAGGAUACGUCAAGUCAAGAGACCGGCACACACGUACGGGCACAAAGCUGCCAUCGCCACGAGAAGUGUUCUUUCACAAAACCAAAAACCUUUGAACAAGAAUGCCGAACCGACUACUUUUAGACCGCUAUCGGGAACACAUCAAAAACCACCAAAGGUUUAG